CAGCUGCAUAAUCAUAGCUAGUUCACCAUCUUAUGCCAAUGGCACGUCCACGCGCCCAUUCAGGUGCCGAGGCCUCCAAAGAGCCUCAUUCAGUCUCCUUAAAAGUUUUGCGCCUAUCGCGGCCUUCUCUGUCCUACCAGUACCCCCUUCCGGAAGCAAACACGAAGAUCUCCAACAAAGCAUCUUUGAGUUAUCCUUCCGAUAGUGUGGACAAACAGUUUAUUCUCGCCCCUAAUCUUACAUUACCUCCUGCAUUUGGGUCUGCUUAUGUUGGAGAAACAUUUGCUUGCACUCUUAGUGCGAACAAUGAGCUCGCAGAAGAUGAGACCUCGCGCGUUGUCACAUCAGUCCGUAUCGUGGCGGAGAUGCAAACUCCAUCCCAAGUAGCAUCUCUGGAGCUAGAGCCAGCAGAUGACACACCCGCGAGAGAUGGCCUACAAAAAGGGCAAUCAUUACAGAAGAUCGUACGAUUUGAUCUCAAGGAAGAAGGGAAUCAUAUCUUGGCGGUCAGUGUCAGCUACACGGAAACGCUGAUUGGAUCAGACUCGCAAGCGGCCAGUGGGCGAGUGAGAACUUUUCGCAAACUUUAUCAGUUUGUUGCACAGCCUUGUCUUAGUGUUCGGACAAAAUCAUCCGAAUUAGCCCCAUUAGAGGUCGAAAACAAGUCCCUAGGGCCUUAUGGAAAGACUCGGCUGCUCCGAUUUGCCCUCGAAGCGCAGUUAGAGAAUGUGGGUGAUGGAGCCGUGGUGGUGAAGCAAACAAAACUGAAUCCUAAACCUCCGUUCAAGGCAACCUCCUUGAACUGGGAUCUUGAGAGGCCGGAUCAGUGCGAUUCACAACCACCGACAUUAAACCCACGUGACGUCCUCCAGGUUGCGUUCCUCGUUGAGCAAGAAGAAGGACAGCAGGAAGGGCUAGAUGCCCUACAGAAAGAUCUAAAACAUGACGGACGGGCAGUUCUAGGGCAAUUGUCCAUCGAGUGGAGGGGAACUAUGGGGGAUAAAGGGUUCUUGACGACUGGAAACUUAUUGACGCGAAGACGGUCAUAAUAUUUACGAAGCUUAAUCUGGUUAUCCUUCGGUGUAACCCCCACGCGCAUUCUAGGGAAUCGUCAAUCUUCAGGAAAGUUUGCUCGAAACAUGGGUAGAUGACCAAUUAGCGAGAUAAGCUUUGGAUUGUUCCAGGGCGAAUAGCCAAGCUCCAGAUGUGCCACAGAUGCAACCGAUCUACGGAGUAGGCGCAGCCACAUUUGAAUUCCUUUGCGGUAGUUAAGUUACACGCACGAACAGGAGGCUGGAACUAGUUGGCUUAGUCGUGAGCAGCCAAAAGUACGGCGCAGUUUGAUGGCAAGGGAAAUCGCCAGCUUUGUCCAAAUUUAGAUAUCCGAUGCGUGUACCUACUCUGUACUUAUCUCUGAUAUGAUGGGAUGGAUUGUCGAGGCCCUGUGACGUGGGGUUGACUAAGCCUUGCUAGAACUUUGGACGAUGGGAAAGUUAGGUAUCUGACGAUAAACUCAGACAACGUCUAGAAGCCGAGAGACAACCACCUUUGCAGACGCUCAUUGGUCUCUUUUUGACCGCAACAUCCAUCAUGAAACCGGUAUUUUGUCUCUGUCAGCAGUCUAGAACCCCUUGCCGGAUAUUU